AAACUGCCUGGUGAAUUUGUACUACUAUGCUUAGACCGCUCAGCGUGUUCGCUAGUGUUGCACCGUGGGUACCGAAAGACUGGAGAUGGAAAAUGCACUAUAAACGUUGUCUGGAAACUCUACACAGGUUGCAGUAAGUCUGAGCGAAGAUGGCCUCCUUUCAGAACAAUUUCUGGGGGGAGAAGAAUGCUGGCUUUGACGUGCUCUACCACAACAUGAAGCAUGGCCACCUGGCAACCAAGGAGCUAGCAGAGUUUAUCCGUGAGAGGGCUGCCAUUGAGGAGACCUACUCCAAAUCAAUGAGCAAACUGGCCAAGAUGGCCAGCAAUGGAAGUCCACUGGGGACGUUUGCACCCAUGUGGGAUGUGUUCAGGGUGUCUUCAGACAAACUGGCCCUCUGCCACCUGGAGCUGAUGAAAAAGAUGAACGAUCUCAUCCGGGACAUCAACAAGUAUGGAGAUGAACAGGUCAAAAUUCACCGCAAGACUAAGGAGGAGACAGUGACCACAGUGGAGGCAGUGCAGGCACUGCAGGUGCAGAGUGGUCACCUUCAGAAGUCAAAGGAGGGUUACCACGGCAAGUGUUUGGAGCUGGACCGACUGAAGAAGGAGGGGGCUCCACAGAAAGAAGUGGAAAAGGCGGAGCUGAAGUCUAAGAAAGCAGCUGAGUCAUUUGCGUUGUGCAUCGAGAAGUACAACCGCGUGGGAGGAGAGUUUGAGCAGAAGAUGAGCGAGUCCGCCCAGAAGUUUCAGGAAAUUGAGGAGGCUCACCUGCGGCUGAUGAAACAACUGAUCAAAAGUUACUCCCACUCCAUAGAAGACACGCAUGUCCAGGUGGGGCAGGUCCACAAGGAAUUCAAGCAGAAUGUGGAAAACAUCGGCAUUGAUAACCUCCUCCAGAAAUUUGUAGAGCAGAAGGGCACGGGCAAAGACAGGCCAGCUCUGGCUGGUUUUGAGGACUACAUGACAGCUUUGGCACCUGAAGGCAUAAAGAAGAGUCGAGCAAAGGCCUUCAGGAUCCCCGGCCUGGGCAAGAGGGACAAGGAGCCAGACUCGACGGAUUCAGCUGUAACAGAGACUCUGAAUUCACCCCUGGAAGUAGACGACGAAGGAUUUGUCAUCCGCGCUGACACCACCCAGAACGGCUGCUCUGAAGACAAUUUCUACUCUAGUGAUUCAGAUUUUGAUGAUGAGGAGCCCAAGAAGUUCCACAUCCGGAUCCGACCCGUCACCAGCAGCAACCGCAGCAACGCUGGCGCCACUGAGAAGGAGCUGAAAGCCACUGUAGGGGCUCUUACCCUGCCUCCCAACCGAGGGGCACGGCAGCAGGUGUCAGUCAACCGUCAUCUCUCCAGAAACUCGAGUACUGCAGGAGGCCGCACGGAAGAAGGCGAGGCAGCCUCCCACAGGGAUGGAGAGCAGGAGGGCCUCUGCAGGUCCACCUCCAGUCCUGAUCACAGCAGGUUGAGCUUGAUGGUGUCCGGUUCAGAGAGUCUGUUUGGACCACCGCUGGAGUCGGCGUUCAAGUCCAAAAGCUUUGGCGGUCGGGAACAACUCAGCGAGCAGAGCACCUUUGGCGCUUCUGAAUAUGCUGCCUUCUUUUCUGAUUCCUCCUCCCCGGAGAAUGUCGAAGACUCCGGUCUGGACUCGCCUUCCCUUCAGCCCCUUGGGCCAUCUCCUGAGCCAGUGGGUUGGGCAGCUUGGCCUCCUGUGUCACAGGGUAAAGAACAAGCAUUGGCACAGCCUGUAGACCCUUUCCUCUCUGCUUUCCACGGCCCCUCCCCUGGUCGCAGUCCUCACCUGCAGGACGACCCUGCCAAUGUCUGGUCUGUUGCAUCAUCUCGUCCUGCUCAUGCCCCCCCAGAUAUGGACCCUUCAUUGUUGCGGUUCCCUGCUUUCUCUCAGUCCCUUCCCCCGCCUGAAAUGGAGUCAUCGGUGUGGAACUGUAAACACAUCCCCCCUGAGGACCCCUUCCUUGCUGCGUUUGAGAGGACUCAGGAGACUUUAAACCUGUCUGAUGCCUGGGCACGGCCACCUCCUCGCUCAACGCAAGAGAGCAGGGGGACGGAGGUCCGAGAAGACCCGUUCUCCAUCACUGUUGCAGGCGAUAGGACACUCCCAGCCUCCUCCUCGUCAUCCUCCACCCAUCGUAAAAACAGAGACAGGAAGCGAGACCGUAGCCUCCCGCCUCCUGUUUCUUCUGAUGACCCAUUUUCAAUCAUGAUGAUUGGCAGCCCAACACACCAGACGUCUCUGGCUGCAGCAGCUGGAUUAAUCCCUGCGCCCAGCAGCAGCAGCAGUGGCUCUACCAACAACAGUCAGCUGGGACUCAAAGAUGAUUCAAGCACUUUACCCACAGGCCAGUCAAAGAAAGAGGUGAUCCACUGGAACUCUGUUCACAACCCGUUUAGUGAGUGUGUCUCUGGAGCUAUGAGCAGCUCCAAAACACAGGAAGGAGGUGGUAAAGGAGAGGGAGGAGGAGAGAGGAGAAAACAUCGAUCAUCAGUCAGUGAGCCACGCAGGAACGCCCCUCCACUCACGCGGCAUUCAGGCCCACAGGAGGAUUUGUGUUUUUCAACAGACAAAGAUCAAGACUGCCUGGAUCUGGAUGCUCAGAUACCCAGCACCGUCGGCUCUCACAACGGGUUCAAGCAUAACUUCAGACAGAAUACAGCUGAAGUGGUCACAGCUGCUCUUCAGAGAGCAACCCAGACCAAGAAGGCUUCAGCCCGACUCAGCGGCAGUGAGAGAUCCCGAUCCCUGUGCUCGUCCCCGCUGCCGGAGCCCAGCCCUUCCCUCACCACCUCCUCCUCCUCCUCCAGUCCCAGUGAGUGUGGGCCUCAGGCCAGGGACGUCGAAUGGGGGGAGCAGAACCGAGCGCCCAGCCCUGCCAGAGCGGGGCAAGCCUCACCACUGCCCUUCCAACGCCAGGACCACCAACAAAGACAGCUGCACCUGUCCAGGGGUCCCAGUCCCAUUUCCCUCAGCACACAGGAGGCCCGCCCCCCAGCCAUAACGGAGUACAUCAAUGCCUACUUCAAAGGUGGACAGCAUAACCGCUGUCUGGUGAAGAUCACGGGUGACCUGACUAUGUCCUUCCCAGCAGGCAUUACCAGGAUUUUCACAGCCAACCCCAACGUUCCUGUGCUCAGCUUCAGGCUGGUCAACAUCUCACGGAUCAAUCACUUCCUGCCAAAUCAAAAGCUGCUCUACAGUGAUCCUUCUCAGAGUGACCCAGACACCAGAAACUUCUGGUUCAACAUGCAGGCUCUGCAGCUCCACCUGCAGAGAGAGGCUGAGCUCAACCCUCAGGCCUCUUACUACAAUAUUGGCCUGCUCAAGUAUCAGGUGUUGUCCCAGGACCCGGCUCAGGCUCCCCUCUUGCUGUCGGCAGAGACGGUGACCCGGGUGUCCCUGGAUUAUCACUGCUGUCCCGCCACCGCACCCUCCACCCAGCUCACCGCAGUCCAGGUGCUGCUGCCAUUAGACCACACUGCCAGGGACCUGCAGUGCCAGCCGCCCGCCUCCUGGAACGCUGAAGAACGACGGCUCCUGUGGAAACUCCCGAACCUCUCCCCAACCAACCACAGCAAAGGCUCAGGGACUGUGUGCGCCAGCUGGCAGUGCCUGGAGGUUCCCCGCGGCCCUCCGCCCAGCCUGGCCGUCCAGUUCGUAGGCUCAGAGGCCUCGCUGUCGGGCGUGGACGUGGAGCUCGUGGGCAGCCGCUACCGCAUGUCGCUGGUCAAGAAGAGAUUUGCCACAGGGAAGUACAUGGCAGGCUGCUCCUUGUGAAGAAUGUGAAAAGGACGCAAAUUUCUAAAUGGACCAUCACUGGAAUGUCACAGGACUUGGCACUUUUUCAGCGUCUGAGUCGAGGGCCAGGCAGCACAGGAAAAUGACUUGUGGUAAGAAACCCGGAGACAAGGUCCCUUCACUCAGACUUGGUGUGCACUUACUUCUGACAGGGUCCUGCUAUUUUGGGACCAAGCCUUUUUUUCUUCUUUUCCUCUAAUUUAAGUUGUUGUACAGUCAGUCAUUCUGCCUUUUCCAGGAGGAAAAGUCUUUUUUUUUUUCUCUACAAUCUCACUGUUCACUUAAUGGUCUUUGUGCCUUUGUGGUUAUGAGACUGCAAGUGAGCCAGAUGUCAGAA